CUUGGAUCUCUGCUGCUAGCUUGACGAUAUGCUCUUGCGUGAUAAAGUGGUCGUUGUUUCCGGAGCUUCUUCCGGUAUCGGUAAAGCUGUGGCAAAGGCGUGCCUGAAACACGGGGCUCAAGUCGUGGCUCACCACAUUGGAGAUGCACAAUCAUCUGGAGAUAUCAAAGAGCUGGAAGCGCUGGGAGCUACACUCGUCGCUGGAGAUAUUCGUAUACGGGAAACAGCUCAAGCGAUUGUCGAGAUUGCCAUUACUACAUUUGGAAAGCUGGAUGUCGUCGUUGCCAAUGCUGGCAUCUGCAAGUUUGAGACUUUUCUUGAAGUCAGCGACUCGCUGCUUGAAUCUCACAUGGAUGUCAACUACUAUGGAGUUUUCUACCUUGUCCAGGAGGCUGCAAGAGCUAUGAAGCGCCUCGGCCAAGGUGGCAGCAUCAUUGGCAUUUCCUCCAUCUCUGCACUGGUUGGUGGUGGGCAACAAUGCCACUACACACCAACGAAAGCAGCCGUCAAGAGCUUGAUGCAGAGUUGUGCAAUUGCGCUUGGGCCGCAUGGUAUUCGCUGCAACAGCAUUCUGCCUGGCCAGAUUGAGACACCGAUGAGUGCAGCUGAUUUGGCUGUACCCGAGAAACGAGCCAAAAUGGUUGCACGUGUACCGCUCGGCCGAUUGGGGCAACCAGAAGACAUUGCUGACCCUGUUGUGUUUCUUGCGAGUGACAUGUCUGCAUAUGUCAAUGGCGCUGAGCUGUUGGUGGACGGGGGUUUGUUUGUCAAUUUGCAGUGAUGGCUGUUUAUCUAUGCAUGAUGUAGUUCUUCCCAAUUGUGCCUCGGCAUGUCGCCCCAUCUGAUGUUGCGUCCUCGGAGUUUUGUGUGCCGGCAGUUGAGCAGCAGCAGCAGCACUGAGCACUGACUGUAGACUGUAAUUGUAGUCAGUAGCAAGCACCUCCGCAAACUCACUCAACCUCACUCACUCACUCACUCACUCACUCAUCCAUCAGGAAGACAAGGGCCCCCA